UUUGUCCUUCUUCAACGACAUGUGGAGGCCAUCAUCUGUAUCCCGCCGCUAAGCAUCCUUCACCGAUUUCCUCGUCGAAGAAACAGACACUAUGUGAUCCUCCCGAUCCCUCUCGGCCUUUGCGGCUUUUAGACCUGUCUAUAAAACAGCGAGCAACCCAGCAACCCAGCAAGCAACAAAGACUUCCUUCUACAAUUUCCCCGCAGCACAACCUAUAGCACACAAUGGACGUCAGCACAACCCCCGAGAUUACUCUCUACCGUGGCUUUCCCUACCCAGGGCAGUAUACGUGGUCUCCCUUCGUCACGAAACUCGAGGCCCGUCUGCGAUUCGCUAGAGUCUCGUAUCGCACGGCCACGGGCUCGCCGCUCCGCAGCCCCCGCGGGAAGAUUCCCUACGUGGACAUCACACAUCCCAAGACGGGGACGAAGACCACUAUCUCGGAUUCGGCUCUGAUUGCCAGGGGACUCGUGGAAGAUGGGGUUCUACCUGAUAUCAACGGUGAUUUGGAGCCGCAGGAGAAGGUGCUGGAUGCUGGGGUAAGGGCGAUGCUGGAGGAUCGGCUGUAUUUCUUCCAGAGCCAUGAGAAAUGGGUGGAGAAUUACUACGAGAUGCGCCGGCAUGUUCUGCAGGCCCUGCCCUAUCCGGCGCAGAUUGCGGUGGGGUACUUUAUUUAUCGGAAGCAGACGCAGAUGCUGUAUGAUCAGGGCACUAUGCGGUUCACGUCGGAGGAGCUGAAAGGGUUCAAGGAGGAGAUCUGGGCGACGUUAAACGAGUUGCUGGUGUGGGAAAGGGCGAAGAAGGAGACUGACGGUCCGUUCUGGGUGCUCGGGGGCGAAGAGCCGACUGAGGCUGACGCAGCCCUGUUCGGUUUCAUUGUGGGGGUUUUGAUCUGCUCCGCCUGUCCGGAGAGCCAAGCGAUCGUGAGAAGCUUCCCUGCUGUGGUGAAUUACGCCAGGCGCAUUCAUGAGCGCUAUUUCCCGGAGUACACCUAUUGGGAGUAAGACAAGCGACAUGCGAUGUUUCUUAUUGGAUGUCUGCUCAGUCUACCCUUAUUGAUUUGCCCAGUCUACCAUGAUAAUUGCACAUAAAUAGACGCCCUGUAUAUCCCAUUCCUCGCCCGCCGUCGGCCAGCUCGACGACAACAAAGAUGGUUGAACAAAUAAUUUCUC